GAAGUGGUCAUUUUAUAGGCAAACGCGUAUACAUCUUGUGCCGUUUAAAGAAAACAGCUGCAAGAAUCUUAUAAAUUACUAAUCGAUUGUUUUUCAGUAGCCUAUCGCUAUUUUGUUUGAAAUUAACGUGAAGAAAGUGUUGAAAUAUUAAUGAACUAAGAUCGUCAGAGUAAACUGCUUCAUCUUAUAACGGGCAUAAAAGUUGAUUAGAAAAUCGCUUAUUUUGAUUGGUUGGAGAACUGGAAGCGAAGACGCAGGUGAUGCAAUGACAAGCCUCACGCGCAUCGUUCCGCUGGCUUGAUAUAGUGAAACCGUGACAUUUUGCCUCAGUCUGCUUUGAUUGGAUGAUUAGAGAAGACAGUUCUUAGGACUUUCUAUACAGCCAUCACACUAUGCCUCACACUGGCCAAACAGGUGUAAAUCAACUUGGCGGCGUAUUCGUCAAUGGAAGACCCCUUCCAGAUCACGUAAGACGACGGAUUGUGGAACUUGCUCAUAUGGGUGUACGACCUUGUGACAUCUCUCGGCAGCUCCUUGUCUCUCAUGGAUGUGUCAGUAAAAUACUCACCAGGUACUACGAAACCGGUUCUAUCAAACCUGGUUCUAUUGGAGGCAGUAAACCAAAGCAAGUGGCAACCCCAUUCGUCAUCAAAAAAAUUCUCGAAUUAAAGAGACAGAACCCGUCAAGUUUUGCCUGGGAAAUCAGAGAUCAACUUUUAACCCAAAAUAUAUGCGAUGAACAAACAAUACCAAGUGUCAGCUCUAUAAAUAGAAUAUUACGAAAUGCGGGUAACUUAUCCGGAAUGUUCCCAUUCCAAGAUUCGUAUCCUGUCAUGCCUGUUGCCUAUCCUAUAAUGACGUCACCACCUGUUGCAGGAAGUGGAACAUACCCAUUCACAAUACCAGGUUUAUCGUAUCCAAAAAUAGUCGAACAGAUUGAUUCUAAAGAUUCGUCAGAUGACAGUAAUAUCCAAACCGAUGUUGCUGAACAAAUUAAAGAUAUACACUGUGAAAAAACAGCUAACCGCAAUAGUGAAGGAUCGGUGGAAGAGUUCCGUCUUGAGGACAGAUUCCCAAGUUUAAUUCGCACAAAAAUUGAAAACGAGGGAAAACGAAAGAAUCUUCAAGAAAACAGACUGAAAUCUCUACCUUAUGACUAUGACUCGUUUUCAAUAGCAAAACAAUCUAGAAGGCUGCCAUUUCAAUCUCAUCACCAUAGUUAUGACUUAUCUGCACAUCAUUUUUCAAACAUGUCUGAUCUUUAUUCUCCAGAAACAAUGAGAAGAAAUCUACACUUCUUACAACGAUUCCACACUAGUUGAUUAUGGGGAUGAACUUGACGAUGAAGGAAAAUCAAAAAUAAGUGAUUAAAGAAAAUCAAAAUCCUUAUAUUGGUAUCAUGAACCCUACUAUAAUCAUAAACGAAAAAAGACGUUUCAUGAACACGAAGUUACAAAACAAAAUCAAUCAGAACUGUGUUUCGUUGUUUAUUUUUAUAUUGUGUAUAU